UCUACAUCUAGACGACUCCAUCACAAACUCAUUGUCCGCCAUCCCAUCUCGCAUCUCGACCUGCGCCCCGGCAAAUCACGAGUGACUUUUACGGCCGAACCUCUUCCGAUCCCUUCUACAGCCCAUCGCAACAAUGGCUCAGCCCGGCGUGCAAUCGUUGAAGUGUGUUGUGACUGGUGAUGGUGCAGUUGGCAAGACUUGUCUGCUCAUCUCAUACACCACGAAUGCCUUCCCUGGCGAAUACAUCCCCACCGUCUUCGAUAACUACUCGGCGAGUGUGAUGGUGGAUGGCAAGCCCAUUAGCCUGGGUCUCUGGGAUACCGCCGGUCAGGAAGAUUACGACCGACUGCGACCUCUGUCCUACCCCCAGACCGACGUUUUCCUCAUCUGCUUCUCCAUCGUCAGCCCCCCCUCUUUUGACAACGUCAAGGCCAAGUGGCACCCCGAGAUCGACCAUCAUGCGCCCAAUAUCCCCAUCAUCCUGGUCGGAACCAAGCUCGAUCUUCGAGAAGACGCCGCUACACUCGAGUCCCUCCGCCAAAAGCGUAUGGAGCCCGUGUCGUACGAACAGGCGCUGGCUUGCGCCAAGGAAAUCAAGGCCUACAAGUACCUUGAGUGCUCCGCUCUGACUCAAAGGAACCUUAAGAGCGUUUUCGACGAGGCUAUUCGGGCUGUCCUUAACCCUCGGACUCAGACUAGCAAGGCCCCCAAAAAUAAGAAGUGCUCGAUCCUGUAGAUAUCCAACCUUGCACCGCGCGCGGGUAGCCCACGCGCUUGUUUGAUUUUCUCAACCAAGGCGUCUCGACGACGCAAAAUGACAUGACGGCUCUGGACAAAUGAUCGACGAUUUGGCGAUACAAAGACGGCGGCUAUAACGGAAUAUCCUGGGGGAGUUUCUACUCUAAAGGACACCCCUCAACCUCUCACACACACAACUUAAACAGCUACAACUGCAUAUCAUGAUGGUAUAUGCGAGGCGGUUCUUGAAUGACUUUUGGUCCUUUCUAUCUGCGGUUCAAUUUUUAUCUCCACAUUUUUUCUGUUUGCUCAUAUCUCUCACCUGUUUCCUCCUCGCGGAGGAGUUUAUACCGACGUUGCGAGUAAUUCAAGAACCGGGUUGCAUUUUUGGAGCAUUCUAUUCUGCAUGACUACUUCACCGUGACGCUAUGAUGGAGAGAGACGAGCGAGAUGGCUUGUUCUUGGGACUUUGUGACUGCUUUGUGUUGAUUGUGGACUGUUGAGUCUACGAGUUUAAACAUUACCUUGCUCUCCAUGGUCGUUUCAGCAUGCCCUCAAGUUGGCCAUCAUGGCUUAGAAUGGACUGGCUUCGG